AUGGAAAUAAGAGCUAAAUCAAAAAACUGCUUUGCUAUCAAAACUCACUUUGCUUAAUAAUUAUAGGCAAGCCCCUCACCAAAAUUACGUAGCCAGAGAUAUUUUACUAAAAUAACCUUAAACAGAGAUAAAAAAUAAGGACUCUUAAAAUUACUAUAAAUAAAUGAAAUGAAAUCAAACAAAGAAAGGUAAUAAAUACUGUUUAUAAUUUUUUAGACAUAAAAGAAGUCGAAGUUCUGAAUCUACAUUUGAAGGUAGUUUAAAUAAGAGAUGUUAAUUUAUAUUUUUAACUUUUACUCAUUAAAAAACAAAAUAUCAAAGACAUUAGUUUUGUAUAAAAAUGUGGAGAAAAUUAAUCCUUUGUGUUUAAGCCAUUCUUUUUAUGUUUAAAGUUGCAUUGGUUGAAUAUAAAAUAAGAAGCAGUUCACCACCAAAAAUGUCGAUAUGUCAUUAAUUAAUUCAUCAUCAUCCAUAUCCUGAAAGUCCUUCAAACAGAAAAAGAAAGAAGAGUUCAAGUGUAGAAACUAAAAAUAAAAACUUUAGUUUUGGUGAGAAGAUUCAAACUAUGAUUAUUCUUUAAAAACUAAAGUCUGAUGCUUAAAAAAAUAGUACAUAUCUAAGAGAAAUGAAAAUCUAAAAUAUAAGAUUAACUCGUUUGAUAAGUCAAAAAGCAGCAAGUACUCAUUCUUUACAUACUCAUUCUCUACAUUCAACAAUAGACAAUUCCAAGUAAUUACCUGCUAUAUAUAAAUUGGAACAAUUGGAAAGGCCUUCUUUAAUAUAAUCUUAAUAAAAAAAAUUUUCUCUAAAAAUAAAGAAAAUACAUUGA